GUGGGCGGGGCCCGGCGGCGGAAAACGCUGCGGAGCAGGGACUCGGCUGUUGCCGCUGUCCCUGUCCCCGCAACAGAUCGCCGUGGCUUCAGUCUGAAGGUCGGUCCGGAGGCAGGUGGGCGUGGGUCUCCCCCGGAGUGUCCGGGUGGCAGCCUCCCCGGGCCCUCCGGGCUCCGCGAGGGAUCAUGUCUACAGCCUCCGCCGCUUCCUCCUCUUCCUCGUCUUCGGCCGGUGAGAUGAUCGAAGCCCCCUCCCAAGUCCUCAACUUUGAAGAGAUCGACUACAAGGAGAUCGAGGUAGAAGAGGUUGUUGGAAGAGGAGCCUUUGGAGUGGUUUGCAAAGCUAAGUGGAGAGCAAAAGAUGUUGCUAUUAAACAAAUAGAAAGUGAAUCUGAGAGGAAAGCUUUUAUUGUAGAGCUUCGACAGUUAUCCCGUGUGAACCAUCCUAAUAUUGUAAAGCUAUAUGGAGCCUGCUUGAAUCCAGUGUGUCUUGUGAUGGAAUAUGCUGAAGGGGGCUCUUUAUAUAAUGUGCUGCAUGGUGCUGAACCAUUGCCAUAUUACACUGCUGCCCAUGCAAUGAGUUGGUGUUUACAGUGUUCCCAAGGAGUGGCUUAUCUUCACAGCAUGCAACCCAAAGCUCUAAUUCACAGGGACCUGAAACCACCAAACUUGCUGCUGGUUGCAGGUGGGACAGUAUUAAAAAUCUGUGACUUUGGUACAGCCUGUGACAUUCAGACUCAUAUGACCAAUAACAAGGGGAGUGCUGCUUGGAUGGCACCUGAAGUUUUUGAAGGUAGCAAUUACAGUGAAAAAUGUGAUGUCUUCAGCUGGGGUAUCAUCCUUUGGGAAGUGAUAACACGUCGGAAACCCUUUGAUGAGAUUGGUGGCCCAGCUUUCCGUAUCAUGUGGGCUGUUCAUAACGGUACUCGACCACCACUGAUCAAAAAUUUACCUAAGCCCAUUGAGAGCCUGAUGACUCGUUGUUGGUCUAAAGAUCCUUCUCAGCGCCCUUCAAUGGAGGAAAUUGUGAAAAUAAUGACUCACUUGAUGCGGUACUUUCCAGGAGCAGAUGAGCCAUUACAGUAUCCUUGUCAGUAUUCAGAUGAAGGACAGAGCAACUCUGCCACCAGUACAGGCUCAUUCAUGGACAUUGCCUCUACAAAUACCAGUAAUAAAAGUGACACUAAUAUGGAGCAAAUUCCUGCCACAAAUGAUACUAUUAAACGCUUAGAAUCAAAAUUGUUGAAAAAUCAGGCAAAGCAACAGAGUGAAUCAGGACGUUUAAGCUUGGGAGCUUCCCGUGGGAGCAGUGUGGAGAGCUUGCCUCCAACCUCCGAGGGCAAGAGGAUGAGUGCUGACAUGUCUGAAAUAGAAGCCAGGAUUGCUGCAACCACAGCCUAUUCCAAGCCUAAACGGGGCCACCGUAAAACUGCUUCAUUUGGCAACAUUCUGGAUGUCCCUGAGAUCGUCAUAUCAGGCAACGGACAACCAAGACGUAGAUCCAUCCAAGACUUGACUGUUACUGGAACAGAACCUGGUCAGGUAAGCAGUAGGUCAUCCAGUCCUAGUGUCAGAAUGAUCACUACCUCAGGACCAACCUCAGAAAAGCCAACUCGAAGUCAUCCAUGGACUCCUGAUGAUUCCACAGAUACCAAUGGAUCAGAUAACUCUAUCCCAAUGGCUUAUCUUACACUGGAUCACCAACUACAGCCUCUAGCACCGUGCCCAAACUCCAAAGAAUCUAUGGCAGUGUUUGAACAGCAUUGUAAAAUGGCACAAGAAUAUAUGAAAGUUCAAACAGAAAUUGCAUUGUUAUUACAGAGAAAGCAAGAACUAGUUGCAGAACUGGACCAGGAUGAAAAGGACCAGCAAAAUACAUCUCGUCUGGUACAGGAACAUAAAAAGCUUUUAGAUGAAAACAAAAGCCUUUCUACUUACUACCAGCAAUGCAAAAAACAACUAGAGGUCAUCAGAAGUCAGCAGCAAAAACGACAAGGCACUUCAUGAUUCUCUGGGACCUUUAAAUUUUAAAAUAUGCAAAGAAAGACUUUUCUUUUUUUUUUUUUUUUUCUUUUUUUUAAGGAAAGAAAAGCCCUUAUAAUGACAAUUCAUGAGUGUUAGCUUUUGGGCGUGUUCUGAAUGCCAACUGCCUAUAUUUGCUGCAUUUUGUUUCAUCGUUUAUUUUCUUUUUCUCAUGGUGGACAUGCAAUUCAACUGUCUCCUUGCAUAACAUGGGGGCAUCUGUGACUUGAAUAAGCAGCAGUUCUCAACUUCAAAACAGAUGCAGUGAACCAUGGCUGUAUAUGCAUGCUCAUUGUGUGAAGGCUAGCCUAACAAAAACGGGGUAUCAAACUAGCUGCUAUGUGCAAACAUCGUCUUUUUUUCGAGGUGAAACCUCAAGAAUGAUUUUGUUCUUGUAUCUCAUCUCAAAAAACAAUUUUUUUCCAAAAGGUGGUAUAUACCAAGUUAAAGACAGGGUAUUAUAAAUCUAGAAUAAGCGGUGGUACAUUAUAGAAAUGCAGAACACUUAGGGAUAGUUGCAAGUGAGGGCUCGAUGCCAGCAUCCUUCAAUCAGUACUGAACUUAGUUCCAUCCAUAAAAUAUUUAAAGGUAAGUGGUGGCUGCUGUAUUUAAUAAAAGCGUAUUUCAUUGGACUAAAAUUUGACUAUGAUACAUUGAACAAAAUGGAACCCUUUUUUUAAGAUAUAAAGAUUUUUUAAUUUUGUGAUUGCGUGUGUGUUGAAACUAUAAAGAUUUUAUCACUCUAAUAUUAGUAUCUCUUAAAUGAAAUUAGAAGGUAAAUGAACACGAUCCAGCUUAAAUGAUCCUUCCUUCCUGCAAUGAUUAUUGGAUUGUUUUAGUGUAUAUUUGAAAAACUAAAGAGAAAUAUUGGAAAAUGGAAAUAAUUGCUCCAGCUAAAAGGCUUGGGCUCAGAUUUCUUUUAUGAUACCAAAAGAGUAAAAAACCUGGCAAAUCAGAAGUUAGUAAGGGAAUUAAAGAAAUAAAUAUAAAUUCAUCAAGUAUACUAUUUAUCAACCUUGGAGUAAUUGAUUUUCCUUGCAAGCCCAUCCUAGAAUGCCUGCUGCCUUUCAACACUUUUAAGGGAAUUUCGAAACUUAUAAAGAGAAAAUUUAUAUUGUUAACAAUAACUUUGCUACCAACUUUGAAAAUAAAAGUAAUAAAAAAACUUCAUUGAAAUCAUAGACAAUAUAAGCUCUAUUUUUUCAGUUGGUAUUAAAAUAAAUCACAUUUUGAUACCAGUACAAGGUGUCUUUUAAACAAGGAUGUCAUCAACCUCAUUUUUAUAGCAUUAAUGUUUUAUGAAGAGAAAAUUAAAAAUGAAAGCAUAAUUGCUGUGAUUAUUAGAAUUAUAUCAUGAUUGUAUUGUAGUUUUGCUCUGUUUCAGAUAAGCAGGGUGAUCUAAGAAGUUAUCAAAACUAUUCUUAAAAAUGCUAAAGCAGGUAACUUUUUCUUCUGUUAUUUUUUUUCCUCCUCCCACUGAGUUUUAUAAUGUAUUCCUGUGUAUACAAGCAAUAAAGGUAAAGACAGUUUGUACUAAA